GGGUGCGCCACGAUGAAGAGGGCCCGCCCCGUGGUCGCACCCUACCUAGGGUCCCGCCUCUUUCUCGGCUGUGACUCUUUUGUUUGACACAUCUCCCGGGACAGUCUGUAACAAUGGUGAACUUCCCCAAGACUCGCCGCUCUUUCUGCGCCUCCUCCAAGUGCCGCAAGCACACCCAGCACCGUGUCACCCAGUACCGUGCUGGCAAGCGCCGUUUCUUCGCUCAGGGUGAGCGCCGCUACCGCGCCAAGCAGGCCGGUUUCGGUGGUCAGACCAAGCCUAUCUUCCACAAGAAGGCUAAGGUCACCCGUAAGAUCACCCUCCGCCUUGAGUGCUCCGACUGCAGCCACCGCUUCCAGUUCUCCCUGAAGCGCUGCAAGUCCUUCGAGCUUGGCGGUGCCACCAAGAGCAGCUCCGACUAAAUGUCCUCACCAUCAGCUGCUGCUGUUGCUGCUGCUGCUGCGGUCGUUGCGCUGCGCCGCCGCUGCCGUCGCCACUGCCAUUUCCCGAGCCACCCUGACCGCCGUUCUCCCCCUCGGCUGCCCGUUCCGGCGCCCGAGUGAGACGAUGACGACCCUCGGCCGUGGGUGUGCUCGCCCCUUGGUGGCAGUGGCAGCAUAGCCAUGCAUAUGCCGGCCGCUGUGUGGCGGCCGGUGUGGCGGCAGCGCGCGGGGCACCGGCGGGCGGAUGGGGCGGCUGCCUCCAAUAAUUGCCGCCACACACACCACCCGCUGCGCGCACACGAGUCUCGCCCCCAAUGCCAUCAUCCAAUCAUCAGUAGUUUCUCCA